UUCGCAGAAAACACAAAGAAAGGUAAUGGCCGUUCGGGUUGGUAGCAAUUCAUUGAUAAUUGUUUGUUAAUAGGCUCAAAAUUAUUGAAAAAGUUUUCGAAAAGUGUAGUUCAAGUGCUUACACAAUAUAUUAUGCUGGAAUAAGCUAGGGGAAAGUGUUUUUUAUCGUGGAAAAGUUCAUUUAAAAAAAGUUGAAUCACACGGGAAGUGUGGAAAAGCUAUCCGCACCUACAAGUUUUGUCAGUGGAUCAAUAUAUUGUGUAUCCCAAUGUACAUAGGCUGCUGUAUUCUGCUGCUUUAUAUUAAAGGCAUGUGAAAGUGAGGAUUACGGAAAACAGUUCAAGAGAAGAAAACUUGUUUCACAAGAAGACCAUGAAAGAUUGAAAUCAAGGCAAUGAAUUUAACCGAAUGAAUUGGUCUCGAAAUAAUCGUGCAAUGAUUCAUUCCACCAUAGAAUAAAAGUGUGAUUCAACUUUUUGGAUGAAUUUUUCUUCUUUAGGUAGGCCCUCACGUUUGAAAGCAUGCAGCAGAAAAGCAGCCAACCACUAAAGACUUAACCAGAUGGCGUUAUCUAAAAGUUGUGUACCACUAUUCUCGCACCUCUAAUUCUGUAAAUCUAUUCUGUUCCGCUCUGCUUCCUGGUUAUUGUGUAACACGUACAGCAGUAAUUUUAUUGUAGAGUUGCGAGUGACCGCUGCCGGCGAGAUGCAGAAUAUGCAAUGAACUGCAACGCUGUAUAGAAACGCCUCCACUUGGAAGUAAUAAUCGCAACGCAAUUGGUGUGCUUUCUCUUUGAUAAGAAUUUACAUCUACAUGUACCUACAAUGGUCCAUUCUGCGUAUGUGUAUUAAUAGUAAGCAACAACGUAUUGACAUCCGUUGAGAUAAAAUGAGUGUGCCUUGCUAAAUAGAUCUGUUGCAGCGCUUUUGCGUAUUCGCACAUCAAACACGCUCUAACUUUUCUCCUCUAACAUUUGCACUGUAACAAAAAAAAAGACUUGCAGAGAUGAAGCAACAUAUCAUCUGUAUACUACUUCGAAUCCUGCCUGAAUUCCCUCUCCAGAUACACGAAUUUGAAAUCAAACCAAGUUGUUCGUAUGUUACCGCGUCGUUACUUUGCGUAGUUGGAAAAGAGGAACUGCAUUUUUCUUUGUAAUGUUGUUUGGUGGUGUUUGGUGUUACGUUAGAAUUCAAUCAUCGAUCAUAUUUUACCGCUCGUGGUGACAGACAUUUGGCUAACGUUGCCCCAACUUCACGUCCGAUGGUGCGAAGCCGUAUCGAUUUACAAACUAGACAGUGUGAAACACAAGCAGCGACACUAGCGUAGCAGCUCAACAUCCAUAGUUCAGUGUAGCGCCAUUUUGGGGCGCACUCUGUUUGAAACAGGAAGCACGUGCCAGCGGUAAACUGCUGCAGUUUGUACACGCUAAAUUACGUCGUCAUCUCUUGGUUGUUUUCCAAGACGUCAUCAUUACACAUAGCUAAGUUUGUGAGGCAGUCUACAGGCAUAGCAUAACGCAACAUAAAACAGCAAACAAAACGAACCAUAUUUUACUCACUCUCUGCUGUUCGCGUUGGCCUGGGCUUAUUCUCUCCGCUAUUUGCUGCUGGUUUAUUACGUGUUUUUGACUUUUGUGUUUAUUGUGCUGGUAAGAGUCAGUAGUGUAUGUGUGAAUGAUAAUCAUCAUAUGUGUAGCAGCUGUGUUGAUGUGUAUGGAAAAUAAGCGUAACCCCAUUGAACUAUAGGUUUACCUCAUGAAUGGAGUAGACACCAUCCGUACACCAGUAUCGGAAUAUAUUCGAAUCAUAUUGUAAGCAAGGCACCCGCGCGAGGUUUCGUUUGUUUUUUCUCAAUGCUAACAAAAUAAUACUGCAUUCUACUAUAACGAAUGAAAUUUAUCAAAAAAAGUUGUUGGUGUACUUCAGUGGUGUGGUGAAGAAACAUUAUCAUAGAAAACGAUGAGUCAAUGAAUGCUGAGAGAAAAUAAACAAAACACCAAAAGUUCUCAUAACAAAAACAUUAUCCGACGAAGAAAAAGAGGCGUUGGUGUUCUUAUAUGCGUUAUAGUGCUAGUAGGCUUUUGAAUAGAUACGCGAAAAACCAAAAGACGUUUAACAAAGGACUGCUUGCUAGCCAAGGUAUUGGACUGAUUUGAAAGCAUUGCACAAGGGGAAAAGUAGAUACAGCAACUGCUACUGUGAAGCAACUCACAGAACAAUGAAUCCAGGCCAUUCGGGAACAUCAAGACGGCCAUAUUCACGGGGAGCCGCCCCGAGGAAUCGGUCCCGUAUGCCGUUCUCACCCCAUCAUUCACAUCAUUCCAAUCGUAACCACGGUGGUCACAAUCAGACGUGGUAUAACAAGGACAUGGAAAAUGGCUUCAAUUAUGGUGAUAAUAACGGGAGUAGUCCUAAAGAAUCCUUCACAUAUUCACCAAAAUCCCCACCAAUGCAAUUACAUUCCACUCCAAUCACCAAUCGUCCAAUUUUAAUGCCUUACGGUGCUACUGAUGAUGGUAGUGUUAAUAAUAGAUCUCAACAAAUUCUUAGAGCCGGACCAAGUCAUAAUGACCGCCGUAAUAACAUGAGUAUGCUGGAUAGAAACCGGCAUACAAUGAGUGCUUCAACUAUCGAUCGACAUUCGAAUCACUUCGAAGGACCUUCGAAUUCUGCUCGGGGGUCUGAUCUGCAUUUGGAUACGAGGUCUGCCUUGUCUAUGGAUUCGAUGCGUAACGGCCGUGAAAACAACCGAGAGCGCAUAAGUCCGACAUACCACCAAGGCAGCAGUUCGCACUCAAACAACCACCAAACACCAAGUCCUUCGUAUGGUUCAGAUGGUAACAACGGUAUGAAAUCUGACAGUCCCUCCCGCAAAAGGCGCCGUGUCCAAAGAAUGCCUAGUCAGUCCCCGCCAGCAAUAUGGGAACAUCGAAGAUCUCCUCGAAACAACAAUAAUCAUCAUAACAAUCAUCAUAAUCAUCCACCACAGCAACAACAGCCGCCUGUGCAUCUGAAUCAACAUCAUCAGAAUUCGCACAAUCAUCUACACUUGCCACAACACCAGCCUGGUGCGGCUCAAUUGCAACAGGGUAGUCCACCUUUGCGUAGACCAAGAUUCCGUGAUCAACCACGUCCCUGGGAACCAAUGCCGCAGGUAUUCCAACAACCAUCGCCACCUCAACCGCAGCACCAGCAUCCUUCCUUGAUGGUCGAUAUCAAUCAAGUUCCUGUAAGCCUUCCAUUGGGGCACCAUGAACAGGUGUGGACGUACUCAACGGGACCACAUAUUUCUAUCUGCUCAGGACAUCCUGCGGCACCACAUAUACCACCUUGCCAAGUUCAUGGUGUGUACUCGCAACCAUUUGCUCAAACUUGUAACAUCGGUGGACACUUCGGCCCGUUCGCCUCCACACCCGCUGCACUGGCUGUUCCUCAUCCGCAGCCUCAUCAACCACACUAUCAACACCCUCAUUUAGCACAACAGCGAGCUGACGGAUUUUCACUGGAUGGUUUGGACCAUACUAGUGCUUCGCCACUGCAUGUCUCUCCGCUUGCUGCUGCCCAUAUUCAUUCCUCGCCGCAAAUGGCUCAAAUUUCACCUCCGCAGCCAAUUUAUAUAUCGACCGAAACCGUGUUAAAUAUUCUCCAGGGCCGUACCAGUCAGUUCGAGCUGCUUCAUAGAACGGCUCGACGCGCAAUCACCGCACCACGCCGAAACUUCACUCGAUUCCAUUGGCCUGCACCACCAGCGCCGCAUCCUCACGCUCAUCCUGCUCAUCGUCAUCCCAGCCUGCCGCAUCAGACGCUGGCUCCGCAGCCUACACAGGUUUCAUUGUCCGCCACACCGUCCGCCUACUCUGGCAUCCUGUUGAACUUUUUGGCUAUGUUCCCGCUGUCUACGUACGGCCAACCUGACUUGAACUCGCCAGACUCUAAUGAAACGGAGAAUUAUGAAGCUUUGCUAAGCCUAGCUGAACGUUUGGGAGAAGCGAAACCACGUGGCCUUGCGCGGCCCGAAAUCGAUCAGCUGCCAAGUUACAAAUUUAACGCCGAAACUCAUACAGGGGAUCAAACGUCGUGUGUGGUAUGCAUGUGUGACUUCGAGGCACGACAAAUUUUGAGAGUUCUACCGUGUUCUCACGAGUUUCAUGCCAAGUGUGUCGACAAAUGGCUAAGGUCUAACCGAACCUGCCCUAUCUGCCGUGGCAACGCAUCAGAAUAUUUCGAGAGCAGCGAAGGCCAAUAGACGUCGAUCUGGGGUAGUAGUCGUAGUUUUAGACAUUUGUCCUCUUUAGCUCCAUCUCUUAGGAAACCGAUGCUGACGUUUUACGCCUAAAAUUACGCCUCUGCUCAAUAACCGUGUCUGUGCUGAUAAAUUAGUACCAUAACCAAAAAAUAUCACCACUAACGCAACGGAUCGAUCAUUGAUACUGGAAAGCAAAUGGUAGGGCUGAAACAAAAUUAAUAUUAUUAUGUAUACGUUUUAUCCGUUCGGCAUGAUAUAUAAACUUUGGCUAUCGUAUGUGA